AUGGAGUCCAAGCUGGCAUGGGUGUACAACAGGGUGGCAAGAACUUCACAGUUAUGUUCACCAGCUUAUUCUAAUAUCUCUGAAUCAAAUAUUACCUGUAAAAAGUUAAGGCCUUCCCUCCAUAACUUUGAUGCCUCCCACCACAACUUUGAUGGCUCGCACCACAACAUUGAUGGCUCCCACCAUAACACUGAAGGCUCCCUCCACAACAUUGAUACCUCCCACUACAACAAUGAUUCCUCUCACCACAUCAUUGCUGGCUCCCAUCACAACAUUGAUGCCUCCCACCACAACAUUAAUUGCUGCCACAGCAACAAUGAUGCCUCCAACUACAACACUGAUGCCUACCACAACAACAAUGAUGUCUCCGACCACAACAGUGAGGCCUCCGACCACAUCAAUGAUGCCUCCCAUCAAAACAAUAAUCGCUCCCACAACAACAAUGAUGCAUCCCAGAAAAACAUUGAUGGCUCUUAUCACAUCCUAGAUGCCUCCCACCAGAACAAUGAUGCCUCUGACCACAACAAUGAUGAAUCCGACCACAACAUUCAUGCCUCCCCCCACAAGAAUGAUGUCACCAACCUCAAAAUUGAUGACAUCCACCGCAACAUUGAUGACUCCCACCUCAACAAUGAUACUUCUGACCUCAACAAUGAUGCCUCCGACCACAAAAUUGAUGCCUCCACCAAAACAUUGAUGUCGCCCACAACAAUAUGGAUACAUCCCAUCAGAACAAUGAUGCCUCACACCUCAACAAUCAUUGAUGCCUUCAACUACAACAUUGAUAUCACCCACCAUAAGAAUGAUGACUCUCACCGCAACAUUGAUGGCUCCAUCCUCAACAAUGAUGCCUCCCAUCACAUGAAUGAUGCCUCCUACCACAAAAUUUAUCGCUAUCACCACAACAAUGAAGCCUCCCAACAAAAUAUUGAUACCCCCACCAAAAUAUUGAUGGGUUCCCACAGCAACAUUGAUGCAUCCCACCUCAUCCCUGGUGCCUCCCACCAUAACUUUAUUUGUUCGCACCGCCACAUUGAUGACUCCCACCACAACAUUGAUGCUUCCCACCUCAGCACGGAUGCCUCCCAUAACAACUUUGAUGGCUCGCACAACAACAUUCAUGGCCUCUAUCUCAGCAAUGAUGCCUCCAAUCACAACAUUGAUUCUUACCACUACAACAAUGAUGCCUCCGACAGCAGCAAUGAUGAUUCUCACCACAACAAUGAGGCGUCCGACCACAACAAUGAUGCCUCCCACAACAACAUUGAUUGCUCCCACUACAUCAACGCUUCCUCCCACUACAACAAUGCUUCCUCGCACCACAACAUUGAUGUCUCCCACCACAAAAAUGAUGCCUUCCAUCACAACAAUGAUGCCUCUAAAAACAACAAUGAUGCCUCCCACCACAACAAUGAUGCCUCUGACCACAACAUUUACACCUCCCACCAAAACAAUGAUGAGUCCCACAACAUUGAUGCCUCCCAUAACAACAUUGAUGCCACCCACGAUAACAUUGAUUGCUCCCACCACAACAAUUAUUCCAGCCAACACAACAAUAAUGUCUAUCACCACAGCAUUGAUGCCUUCCACCAAAACAUUGAUACCUCCCACCACAAAAUUGAUGCCAACCUCCACCACAUUGAUGCUACCCACUUAGACAUUGAUGCCUCCCACCACAACAUUGCUUUCUAA